AUCAUUGAAAUCACAAAAUCGAAAGGGAAAAAAAAGGGAAUAUUGAAGGCCCCAAACGCCACAAAUUCUUGAAACAGAAUGAGAAGACAGAGAUAUGAGAGCUGCUUCCGUUUCCUCUGCUCUACCCCCCGCUGCUUCCGCCUCCGUCUCCGCCAAUUCCCAGCGCAAAAUCCACCGCAGCUUCACUUUCAACAAUUCUCAUCAUCACCAUCAACACCCCUUUCUGCUCAAAGUUACAAAUGAAAGCAGGACCGACUUAUCUACUGAACCUAAGGACGAGAGAUUGGAAAGCGAUAAGAUCAUUGACGGGAUGGACUUCGGUGAGCUUUGCAACGAGUUUGAAUGCGUUAGUAGUCCCUUGGUGGAAUCUACGGCAAGACAACUCCUACGUGACAUUCUAGAGCUACGGGAAGGAAAUCGUGCACUAGGGACGUAUGCGGUUUCUGUCAAAUACAAGGAUCCGAUCCGAAGUUUCACAGGUCGUGAGAAGUACAAGAGACUGCCCUGGAUAACAGGUGCUCUAACAAAUCCCACCGUGAGAGUGCAAGAAAUGUUGAUGUUGUCGACGAGUGUACUCGGUAUCAAAUGGACGGUACAGGGGAAACCAAAGUCUUUCGUCGCCGGCAUAGGUGGUGAUCUGAUAAUGAGAGUUAACUCACGGUUCACUUUGAACCAGAUUAGUGGGCAGGUGAUUGAGCAUGAAGAGGCGUGGGACUUAUCAUCUUCUUCGGUUGUUACUCAAGCAUUUUUCUGGACGUCCCGUCGUCUAUUUGCCACCAUCGAGGCUGCAAAGGACCUGGCUGAUGGAGCCAAGGACUUGUCGUCUCGUUUUUCAACUAAGCAAGAGAACCCGGAGGUUUACCCAGACCCUUCCGGUGAUCCAACUAAGUUCUUUCAAAGGGACGAUGGAUUCCAAAGAGAUGUAUACCAAAUUGCAUUGUUUCUGGCAGUCUUCUAUUUUGUUGUACAGUUCCUGAGGAUAACCCUUUAGAACUUACUAUUUUUCCUGCGUCCUUGUUCUGCUUAUUACUACUGUAAUUAGCUGCCUUUUGUAUUGUC